AUGCCAGCAACGCCUCCAUCACGUUACUCGAAUGUUGUACUUUCAAAAAUGAAAGACAACGAAGUAAACAAAGGCAUUUCGGAAGACAAAUCGCAGAAAAGAUCUGCAGCUGACGCUGGUAACAAUAAACAGACGAAAUCAGCAGCUGACGCUAUCGAACGUGUACAGACGACCAAAGCAUCUGGCGCUGGCGACCAGUUACAGCCGAAAUAUUCAGUAGACGCUGGCGACCAGUUACAGACGAAAUCUUCAGUUGACGCUGGCGACCAUAUACAUACGAAAUCUGCAGCUGGCGCCGGUGACCAUGCAAUGAAAUAUGAAGUUAACGUUAAUGAUGCUAUACCUACGAAAUCUGCAGUCUAUUACAAGGAACGCUUACAAAAGGUAACAAAGUUGAACGAAGACACAAGGGGACUUAUUUUCCAGCCAGAAGACUUCGAAACGGAAGUUGACACGCUCUGGCCGUUUCCGUUCUCAGAAAAUCCCUCUGACUGGGACAUAAAAGAAUUUCCAAAAAACGCAUACUUGGAACUGUUUGACCCGUACGACCCCUUCCUGUCAGCGGAUACACUACUGUCACACACGUUUCCCGGAUCACUUCAAUUGGAUAUAGAAAGAUGGAAUCGCUAUCUUGAAGAAAAUGAAGAAAUUGCAGGGAACUGUAUUGAUAAUCCUGAUCCGUUCAAGCCAUUAAAAGAUAAUAACGAAGACGAUAUCUCUAUAAGUCCUCUGCCGCUGAAACAAACACUUUGUCGUCUGCUAAAUGUUCACCUGCAGACGAGCGAGAGUGGUGAUAUUAUCACAGGGGACCUUAUUACCGAGGUAACUUCAGCUACAGAUAAUAAUGAAGUUGAGGAAAAUGUUGAGGACAGAGAAUUACUUACAAAUGAAAUGGCAAUGCAGAUAAACCAGGUUUUAAACGAAACAGAAAAGGAUAAGGACUUGAAUCAGCAAAUAACAAACCAUUUAAUCGACAGUAUACUGGACGAAAUCAUUCAUGAUAAAAAUAUAAAGACUGCUAAAUCACAAAAAGCUGAAGUAGAGAACAGUAAAUCUGAAGUCUAUGAAACAGAAACAACUGAAAAGGAGUUCUCUCUAGAAGAGAAUUGUGAUGCUGAAACCUUCGACAGAGAAAUAUACAUUGUUAAAACAACUGAUACAGAGGCCAUCAGUUCAGUAACCACUGUACCAGAGAAACAUCAACAAGUACCUCUUGAAAUAGAGACAACUUCUAAAUCAGAAUUAUGUUUAUCUCAAAAUCCUUCUGAUAUCAGUAGUAUGAAGAACGAUGUUCCUUCGGAUUCCGUUAUUAAUGUGAAGGAUGCAAAUGAUUUUAGUGAACACACAUUUAACGAAUCUAAUAAAAUACCAUACAUUAGACAGAAAACAACAGACACUGAACAAAAAACAUUCAAAGCUGAAAAAGAAUUUGAUGCUGAUGCUAAAGGUGGAAGUAAUUUUAAAGAAAAAGCUUUCAAGAAUAGACUAGGCAUUUCACACAAUACAAGAUCAAGAUCUCGAGCCAGCAAAUUACUUUGACGUUGACCAAGGAUUCCAGCUAUGGUGAAUUAAUUGUUGACCUUCCGCUCUAUAUAGAAGACAGGGAGCAUUGUACACAAAUUAUGUUCAUGGUUUCUGUAUCAAUGUAUGUCAUUGAAGUUUUUCCCUAUCUCAAUUGUUGCCCAGCAAUGAAUAUCAUAUCAGAUGUUAAAGUACUGUUACAUAUACCAACAGGAUGUAUAUCUUUUUGACAUUAUUUCUCUAUGCUGUUGAUACUGUGUCCAUAUUUGUUAGAACACUGCAAAAGCAGUCUUGAGCUGGUUAUCUUGAAACCUCUCGCAUCCCCUUGUCUGAAAUUCAGACUUCAGACUACAUGUAUAUUAUGAUAAUAGAAAUUAUGUUUAUAUUCAUUAAAACAUAACAACACAGA